AUGAGUAAUUGUUCUGAGAAUAUUGAUUCUGGAAAUUCCCUUCUAUCUAGGUUUCUCAAAAGAGCUCGGGUCACCUCCGAUAUUGGGCACUCGCUUAUCGGCGCUAGCCAUAUCAGCGGAGCAGAAAAUGGGGAUGAGGAAGACGAAAUAGACGACGAAAUUCUUAGUGACAAUGAGAAAACUCAUUUUCGAAACUCUUUAAAUACUCCGGCGCCAAUUUUAGGUGUUGAUAAAAGUUCUUCUGGUAAUUAUGGGGGAUCCCAGGACAUUCGUGGAUCAGCUCAUACAGAUUUCCAACCACAAGGGAUGGUAUUUCCACAAGUCCCUGAAAAUGCAGUUUGUCGCCUGGAUGAAGCCCAAAACUUCAACAGAGUAGAAGAUGAUCAUCUUGAAAUUCCUAUGUUAUCAGAACCACAAAUUACAGAAAGAUAUUUAUUUGGUGAUUUAGACCCUAUUGUUGAGCCUGAGGAUCAACAAGACAUCUCUACAUUUGAUAAGGAAGUCAUUUUAUGCUUGAACUUCAAUACCAAUAAGCUAGGUGCUAUUUCCUACAGGCACCAAGAUUCCAGCUUGUCUAUUUUGGAAGAUUUCAAUUUUUGGAUUGCUGGUGAAGGAAUGAGCGUCUUACGGGAUAAGAUCAUUGACACUUUGGCAAGCAUUAUUUUGGAGAUUAACCCAGAUAUAAUCUUGACUACUUCCGGAUUAUAUGAAUUCGUAAGUAUAUUUAAUGAUUCUCGGGAGGCUAAGAUUACUGUCGAAGUUAGGCCAUCCAAGGAAUUUAACAGCAAAAACAACAAUAGAACAGUACAUAAUUUGAUAGAGGGAAUCUUGAACGGUCAAAGAGGCCAAUUUCAUAUUGAUUCAGCGUUGGUUAGUUUGCAAAACUCUCCUGAUUUAAACUUAUCGCGAGGGGCAUUGAGUUGCCUCAUUAGAUUCUUCGAAAACUACAACAACUUUGAUUUCACUAUAAAAGCAGUGGAUUCCAUUAAUUUGCAUAAUCACCUUUUCAUUGACCAAGAAUCAUUAUAUGCCUUACAAGUUUUACCCGAUCCAAAAAACUUCCAUGUUGGAAAUACGAAGAGUGGAAAGGGAAAGACUUCCAUUUUUGAUCUUUUAAACUUUACUGGAUCCAAAUUAGGUGGUAAAUUGUUAAAUAGCUGGGUAUCUCGCCCGUUGUAUGAUUUGGAAAAAAUUCAAAAACGUCAAAACUCAAUUGAAUUUUUCAUGAAUUCCGAAGCACAAGAUUUCUUUAAUGAUUUGAGAAAGGUUAUGAAAUGUUUGCCAAAUAUUUUUCAAUUGGUCACUUCACUAAACGGCAGUAAGCUCACUUUGCAAAAUUGGAAGAAUCUAGAAACAUUUUUAAAAAAGACUACUAUAUUGUAUGUCACAAUCGAUUCAUUGUACAAUCGAAUGCUCAAUGCAGGAAACCAAAUUGAUAUUAUUGAGAAUAUUCAUGAUAAAUGUGAUAUUAAUAAAGUCCAGCGGUCUUUAACAAGGCUUAACAUGAUUAUUGAUUUUGAUUCUUCUAAAAUUGAAUACAAAACAAUAAUUCAUGAAGGAAUAGAGCGCAAGCUCGAUGAAUAUCGAACAAUCUAUAACAGUAUGGAUGGGAUUCUCAAUCAGACUGCUGAUGAUGUUGCAAAAACUUUCCCUCAAUAUCUACAAAGAUUUAUCAAUGCUGCGUAUAUUCCUCAAGUAGGUUAUUUAAUGUUACUCAAUAUUUUCGAUAUUAAUGGGGAAGAACUAGAACUCUCGAAUAUUAUUCAAGAAUUGACAACCAAUAGGAACUGGUCAAUGAUUUUCAACACUUCAACAACAAUUUUUUUCAAAAAUGAAAAAGUCAUUCAGAUGGAUGAAGAAUAUGGAGAUAUUUACAGUAUAAUUUGUGAUCUAGAAAUUGAAAUUUUAUAUAAUUUACAACAGGAAAUUUUGGAAAUUGAAAGCACACUACUUAACUUUGGGAAAUAUUUCGCAGAAUUGGACUGCCUACUUAGUUUAACACACGUUGCAAUUUCUAGAAACUAUUGCAAACCAAUUCUCACUAAUGGAAUAGAGCUAGAAAUUGUUGAAAGUAGGCAUCCGCUAUAUGAAACUCUAUUAGAUGAAUCCAGUUGUUAUGUUCCUAAUAAAGUUUUUUUGAACACCACAACAAGCAACCCUGAAAAGUGGCAAUUGGAUAGUGAAAGAAUAAUCUUAUUAACUGGGGCUAAUUUUUCUGGGAAGUCUGUCUAUAUCACUCAAGUAGCAUUAUUAGUGAUUCUCGCUCAAAUUGGAUCUUUUAUUCCUGCUAAAUCAGCUACCAUCGGUUUAGUGGACAAGGUCUUAACUAGAGUAAUGUCUCGAGAAAGCUUGUCAAAGACCCAGAGCACAUUCAUGAUUGACUCUCAGCAAAUGUCUAAAUGCUUGAGGUUAAUGACAAGAAAGUCUUUGAUAGUCAUUGAUGAGUUUGGGAAGGGGACUGAUGUUUAUGAUGGGCCAGCAUUGUUUGGAUCAAUUAUUGAAUAUUUGAGAUCCCAUUCCAAAUGCCCGAGGGUCAUUGCUGCUACGCAUUUCAAAGAGUUAUAUGAUGGGACGUCCCAAAUCUUUGAGGAAUUAGAUGGUUUACAUCAUUACCACAUGGAUGUUUAUUUCUCUGUCGAAAUCAAUGAAGCCAGAGAAAACUUGGAUAAGAAAAUCACUUUUUUGUAUGAAAUCAAUGAUGGAAUCGCUGAUAAAAGUUUUGGAAUUUAUUGUGCCAAGAUGUGUGGAAUUAAACCAUCUAUUAUUUCCUUUGCAGAAAAAUAUUUACAAAAAUUGGAGCAAGGAGGAAAUCUCAAAAAUAUAUUCGCUAAAUUAUCUCCACAGGAAGAAAAUGAUCUCAAAUCUGCCCACGCAAUUUCAAAAAGUGUUCUAAAAUUGGAUGUUGAUGAUUUAAAAGGUUUGCCACGCGAAGCGCUUCGAGAAAAUUUAAUUCAAACAGUGAAAUCAUUUCAUAAAUAUGCUGGAUUGGAGAUUCCAUCUGAGGGAGAAUUCGUCAAACAUAUUAGACAAAAAAUUCAUGGAAGAAAAUUCAAGAGUCCAAAUGAUAAUCGUUUAGCUACCAAAUUGGUAGGCGCUAAGACGGUAGCUGAAGUCUUUAAGAUUGGUAAGAAACUUCAAGAAAAAAUCAGACUCUCCAGUGACUACGUCCCACCAACGCUAGUCAACGAAAUUGUUACGUCUAAGGUUGACAAGAAAAGAAAGUACAGGAAGAGCUUCAAAAAUUCCUCGUAA